AUGGCAAAGAACCUCAACUCCAUCAUCAGCUUCACCGUUCUCUUGCUUGUCAUUCUCAUGGCUUCCAAUGAAAUACUCCAGAGCGAGGCUACACGCAAUGGCCAAGGUAAAUGCCUUCCUCGUGGAUGCAAAAGUACUCCUAUGUUCUCUGAGGAGUGCGGGCCAGAGCCGUUCACAGGCUCAAACAACGAUUGUUGUCACUGUUGCGUAACCAAAUACGGGAAAGAUGCAGUCUGUAAAGGGGUUGUUGAGGGAGCGGAGAGCCAUUGCCAUUGCUACAAAGAAAGUGCUUGA